AUGUCGCUCUUCGCGGGCAUCAGCUUUACGAGCGACAAGGCAAAGGCUCUGGCUGCCGAGUCGGCCGCGGCCGCGGGAGCGCCAACACCACCUUCAUCCACGCCAGUACCUAAGCAACCUCCCCCGAGCCGCGCAGCGCUACAGUUCGCGCCACGCGCCAAGAAACCCCCGCCGAAGCCAACCUACUCUGCAGCACCAGUCAUCGCCGCACCGCCCACCAUCUCUGCCCCUCCUCCCCCUCCUCCAGAAGAUGGGGAAAACGAGAACGGGAACGAGCCCCGCGCGCCGGCCAUGACGUUGGCGUCGAAACGCCGACCAGACGCACAGCGCAAGAAGAAGAAGAAGAAACGCCGCGUCUACCACGCCUUCGACCCCGACGAGCCGUACGAUCCGGCCAGGCCUAACGAUCUCGGAGAGUACCAGGCCUACCGUGCGCGCUUGCGGUUGGAGCGCGGCGACUCGUCAAGUGAGAGUGAUACGCCGCGCCGCGAUGCACCGCGUCUCUGGGCCCCACCGAGGGAGUAUGCCGCAAAUGCCGUACCCGCUGCCGCGAACCCUUACCAGAACCAGAGGGAGAGGACGCCGCCGGAGGACGCUCAUGCCCGCCCCGUGGCGAUGGGAUCAGGAGAGGACAUUUAUGCUCGCCGUGCAGCGAUGAGCGCAACAGGUGACGACGCGUAUGCCAGGCGUGUGGCUAUGAGUGCCACUGGCGACGACGCAUAUGCUCGCCGGGCAGCCAUGUCUCAAUCCGGACCAGGUCUGCCAACACGGCCACCUGCAGCACAGGCUGGCCUUCCCCCUCCAGGACUGAUAACUGGCCUCCCGCCCCGCCCACCUGCGCCAGUACGGCCACCUUUCCCGCCACCAGUGCGGCCAGACGGCGCGAUGCCGUUCCCUCCACCCCCAAUGCCGCCGAUGCCACCAACGCGACCACCAGAAGCGGCUCUACCCACGCCACCUUUUCCGCCGCCAAUCGCUCGGCCAGCGCCGGCUGGACCACCACCAGCACCGGUGGACGACGCGUACGCAAAGGAGCUGGAGGCGAAGCGUGCGGCAGCCAUGGCCAUCGCGGCAAAGUUUGGAAUGGCGCCGCCAGCCCCCAAGGAACCGGAGGAGGAGGACGCCUCGGGCACCUUUGCCGAGAGGAUGAUGCGCAAGUGGGGCCACAAGGAGGGAUCAGGUCUCGGUGCUCGCGGCGAUGGCAUCACCGAAGCCCUCUCGGCGGAGCACGUCGCCGGGACUACGAAACUGAGCAAGCGCGCGGCAGCUAAAGCACGUGCGGCAAAAGCAAAUGGGCGCUGGGUACAAGCCCCGAACGCACGUGGUCGUAUUGUCGACGCGUCGUCUUCCGCCGCCAGGGAGGCAGAGGUGGAGAAACACGGCGAAGUUAGUCGCAUCGUCGUCCUCCUCAACACUGUUGAGACGGAGGAUGACGUCGACGAGACGCUCGCGGACGAUAUCGGCACUGAGGCGGGCAAGCAUGGGAUCGUGGAGCGCGUCGUACUGCAUAUUACGGAGCCGCCUGCUGAGGGUGAGGGAUGCCUGCGCGUCUUUGUCGUGUUCUCGGGGAUGGCAGGCGCGUGGCGCGCCGUCAAGGCCCUCGAAGGGCGGUUCUUUGGCGGGAGGACCAUCCACGCGCGAUACUUUGACGAGGAGCGCUUCGAGCGCGGCGAGCGUGAUGGCCCGCUGUAG